UGGUGUUCUGACUCAGCAGACCAUUCAGCUCUGAUGUUGCAACAGCCAAAAAAUAAAGGGCACAGCGAAGCCUCCCUUUAUUCCCUAAUCCUGUUUGCUUUUCUAGAAACAAUCCCUAGCCCUAGAAUCACUGACUCAAUUCUUGGAUCCCAUUCUCAUGACAAAGCGAAUGUCUGGUACAAAAGGAGCCUUAUAAAAAGGGGCCCCCAGAUUCUGGGUCUUUGCAGUUGCUUCUGGAAUUCCUGCAGCAGCUGGGGUGUAGUGCCUACAACGGAAAAUGUCCAAAACAGGAACCAGGAUCACUUUCUACGAAGACAAGCAUUUCCAGGGCCGUCGCUAUGAGUGUGACAGUGACUGCCCUGAUUUUCACACCUACCUAAGCCGCUGCAACUCCGUCCGAGUGGAGGGGGGUGCCUGGGUUGUCUAUGAGCGGCCCAACUUUGCAGGGAACAUGUACGUUCUGACCCACGGCGAGUACCCUGAGUACCAGCGCUGGAUGGGCCUUAAUGACCGCCUCAGCUCAUGCAAAGCCAUUCACGUAUCCAGUGGAGGUCAGCACCGCAUUCAGAUCUUUGAGAAGGGGGACUUUGGUGGCCAGAUGUACGAAUCCAUGGAGGACUGCCCUUCAGUCAUGGACGAGUUCCACAUCCGGGAAAUCCAUGCCUGCAAAGUGCUGGAGGGGGCCUGGGUAUUCUAUGAGCACCCCAACUUCCGGGGCAGGCAGUACCUCUUGGAGAAGGGGGAGUACCGCAAGCCCGUUGACUGGGGGGCUGUGUCCCCCACUGUCCAGUCUUUCCGCUGCAUUGCAGAGUGAGGGGUGGGGCAGCUCCCCCUUUGCCAGGGAAACUGCGUGGAGUCUGUGAAUAAAGCAAGUGGCUGAUGCAAUGCUGCCUGUUCUGCUU